GACCACGGUCACGAGACCAGGCCGUGGACAGGGCAAGACAGGUUGCGGUCUGGGCCGCGCCGGGGACCUGGAGGCUGAGCUGGGGUUAGGGUGCGGGGUCCGGGCUGGGAACAGGGAGGCCGGGUCGAAGAUCUGAAUACCAGGCCGGGCCACGGUUCUGGGGUCCAAUGGCGGGGUCGCUGGGCUUGGCUGUGAUCAAAGUGUGGGAGAUCUGGAGGCCCGGCCNGGGUUGCGUCGCCCUCCGGGUAGCGUUCUUUUCGGAUAGUAACUUUGUGUUUCCUUUCCCGGGCUGGGUGGUGUCCACCCGCAUAUCCUGGCCUGCGGCGAUGCAGAGAACAAAAGGACAAGAUAAUAAAGUACAAAAUGGUUCUUUGCAUCAGAAGGAUGCAGUUCAUGACAAUGACUUUGAGCCCUACCUUUCUGGACAGUCCAAUCCGAGUAACAGUUACCCCUCGAUGAGUGAUCCUUACCUGUCCAGCUACUAUCCACCAUCCAUUGGAUUUCCUUACUCCCUCAGCGAGGCACCAUGGUCCACUGCAGGGGACCCUCCCAUCCCGUAUCUCACUACCUAUGGACAACUUAGUAAUGGAGACCAUCACUUCAUGCAUGAUGCUGUUUUUGGGCAGCCUGGGGGUCUGGGGAACAACAUUUACCAGCACAGGUUUAAUUUUUUUCCUGAAAACCCUGCAUUCUCAGCAUGGGGGACAAGUGGUUCUCAGGGGCAGCAGACUCAGAGCUCAGCCUAUGGGAGCAGUUACACUUACCCACCUAGCUCCCUUGGUGGCACAGUUGUUGAUGGGCAGACAGGUUUUCACAGUGAUUCCCUCAACAAGGCCCCUGGGAUGAACAGUCUGGAGCAGGGCAUGGUUGGCCUGAAGAUUGGGGAUGUUACCACCUCUGCAGUUAAGACGGUGGGUUCAGUUGUCAACAGUGUGGCACUGACNGGUGUCCUUUCUGGCAAUGGUGGGACAAAUGUAAACAUGCCAGUUUCAAAACCAACUUCAUGGGCAGCCAUUGCUAGCAAGCCUGCAAAACCACAGCCUAAGAUGAAAACAAAGAGUGGGCCGAUAGUGGGGGGUGCACUGCCUCCUCCCCCUAUCAAGCAUAACAUGGACAUUGGUACUUGGGAUAACAAGGGCCCUGCUCCAAAGGCCUCCGCCCCCCAGCAGACACCAUCCCCCCAGGCUGCCCCACAGCCCCAGCAGGUAGCUCAGCCUCUCCCUGUUCAGCCCCCACCUUUGGUCCAGCCACAGUAUCAGAGCCCUCAGCAGCCACUUCAACCCCGCUGGGUGGCUCCUCGAAACAGAAAUGCAGCAUUUGGGCAGAGUGGAGGUGCCAACAGUGACAGUAACUCUGUUGGAAAUGCCCAGCCUACUUCUGCCCCAAGUGUAGAAUCCCACCCUGUCCUGGAGAAACUGAAAGCUGCCCACAGCUAUAACCCUAAAGAGUUCGACUGGAAUCUUAAGAGUGGGCGGGUGUUCAUCAUCAAGAGCUAUUCUGAGGACGACAUCCACCGUUCCAUCAAGUACUCCAUCUGGUGUAGUACUGAACACGGCAACAAGCGCCUGGACGGCGCCUUCCGCUCCAUGAGCAGCAAGGGGCCUGUUUAUCUCCUCUUCAGUGUCAAUGGGAGUGGACAUUUCUGUGGGGUGGCAGAGAUGAAGUCCCCUGUGGACUACGGCACCAGUGCUGGGGUCUGGUCUCAGGACAAGUGGAAGGGAAAGUUUGAUGUGAAGUGGAUUUUUGUGAAGGAUGUGCCCAACAACCAGCUGCGGCACAUCAGACUGGAGAAUAACGACAACAAACCUGUCACAAACUCCCGUGAUACACAGGAGGUGCCCUUAGAAAAAGCAAAACAAGUGCUGAAGAUUAUUGCUUCCUAUAAGCACACAACCUCUAUCUUUGACGACUUUUCUCAUUAUGAGAAGCGCCAGGAGGAAGAGGAGGUGGUGCGUAAGGAAAGACAGAAUCGAAACAAACAAUAAGAACAAGCCAGUUUGUUUUUGGUUAAUGGUUGACUUUGAAAACAGAGUUUUAAAGCUGUAUGCUUGGUGCUGUCUCCGAGUCAGCUCCAGUGUCGUCCUCGUGCGGGGUUGAUUGUUGCAUCUUUAUCUUUGUAGUUCAUUUUUGCCAGAUGGAUCUGCAUUCAUUUGUAUUUUUCUAUGUAUUAUAAUAUUGUAGAACUCACUAAUAAAGGAGUAUUUUGUUUGUCAGCUUAUCAGUCAGAUUGACCUAAUGCAAAAUAUAAAUAUUCUUCAAAACAAAACACCUAAUACAUCCCAAAGAUAUUUUUAUUUUGGCAGAAAUUAUGUUCUUAUUCUUAUAUCUAGUCAUUUAAUAUCCCUAUAGGAUACUUCAUAUUUCUUGUCCUCUCCUGCUUUACAGCAAACAAAAAGCCCAUUCAGCAUGUGCUGUUGAUGUCUCUUCACAGUACUGAAGUGGCUUGCCAUUUUACUAUCUGUGGUAUCCAUCAUAUUGCUGACCUGCCCUUUUGAGUUUCCUACUAGACAAAUANCUUUUAGUUUUAAGUGUGCUCACAGCUGUCUAUGGGCAAGCUGUCCAUAGUUUAGUGCCCACACAGAGCGGUGCUCCAGUUCUCCUUGCCACCGUCUGCCACUGCAUGAGGUUCGGGCUCUGUGGCAAGGAACUAGAAGGUGUUUUAAGUCUGGUUCAGCUUUGCAACAUUCUUAGUUGUUUGUAGAUCAUUUUUAGUUGUCUUCUUUCUUUAGAGAAUCCUGAUGCUGUCUUAAGUUUUUAUACCAGUAACGCUAAGCUUUAAUUGUAGGAAUCUGAUAGUACAGGCAGUGUGAUGGAUGCUGCUGCCGACUGUAAAUUUCACUGUGUGUCUAUUUUUUUUUUCCUGUUGAAUGGGUGAAAAAAGCAAAAAAAACAAAAAAUCCUUUAGAAAACAAAUUUGCUAUCAUGUUUUGUGGAAUGAGGAGCCUCGGAGGAGCUCACCGCCAUCUGGAGUUGGAGUUUAGCAUGAAAGUGGUGCUCAUGCCCGACGCCCUCGCAUACUGAAUCUGCACGCGCCCACUGUAGAGGAUCUUUACUGUCUUAGAGAGCAGAUACCUUCCGAAACUAUUUACUCCAAAAGACCCUCUGAGUUAACAUUUAAGCUGUAUUAUUUAGACUUGUAUUUAGAACGUGUCACUUCCUCGAGCUGUUACUGCCUGUACGGAGUCGUGGACAACAUCGGAUACCUGUCCUCUAGGAGAAUACAAGCCUUAAUAAACACCUGUUGAGCAA